ACCUGUUAGGAGGUUCUUAUUUUCCUCUCGGUCGUGGAACUGUCCAGUCUCCUCCCAAAAAUCCCAGCUCUUCGCUCUUUGCCGAGGACGAUGGACCUGAAGACCUUGUUUUUCUCGGUUCUACUUCUGUGUAUUUCGCAGUUACUCACAGCUGAGAAAAGCACCCUGAGAUCCUACAGAGAUGCGACUUCUAUGACAAACAAAAACAAGUUUCGACUUAAGAGCCCUGCAGUUUUUGUGGAAGCUAAGGAGGAUGAAAGAUGGAAGCGGUCUGCCGAUGAGACAAGUAUGGUCCUUGCCAGCCCAGACUACUUGAACCAGGAGGCAGCUCCUGGAAGAGGCGAGGAGCUGCCAACCUGCUUGCUGUGUGUGUGUCUGACUGGCUCGGUGUACUGUGAAGAGGUUACUCCAGACUUGACUUCAGUGCCUGCACUUCCAAGGGAGACAACAUACCUAUAUGCACGCUUCAACAAGAUCGCCAAGAUAACCAAUAAAGACUUUGCGGACAUCACUACUCUGAGAAGAAUCGACCUGACAGGCAACCUCAUCUCUAGCAUUGACGAUGGAGCGUUUGCGAAGUUGGACAACCUACAAGAACUCAACCUGGAAAAUAAUAAACUUACAAAGCUCCCCAUACUGCCAGCAAAGCUUUCAGUUUUUAAUGCAAAUUACAACAUGCUGAAAACAAAAGGUGUUAAAUCAACAGUUUUCAAGAAACUGACCAACCUGGCAUAUGUGUACCUGAGUCACAACGAACUUGAAGCAGUCCCCCAGCUCCCAGAGUCUGUGCGCAUUGUGCACCUACAGAACAACAACAUAGCGACCGUGACUGAUGAGACUUUCUGCAAAGGUAACAACACGUACUACAUCAGAUACACCUUGGAGGAGAUCCGUCUGGACCGCAACCCUGUUGAUCUGUCCAAGCACCAAGAAAGCUUCAACUGCCUAAGAUCUCUACCGUUUGGACUGUAUUAGUGGUAAGGUGAUGUGAGGGUCAAAGAGAUCGGGUGACCAAUGGUUCGGUCAACGCCAAUUGUUUUGAAGUGGCAAAAUGCAGGAGGGGUGAAAUGUGUGAAAUUAUGAAUGAAAUUAUGAGAGGUUUCCCCAACAGUAAUACAGAUAUGACAUAUUGAAAGUAAGCAUGCGAUUUACGAGUACUAGUACUUUUGCAUUAACCCUAUCGCGCCGGAUGCAUCAUAUAUGUCUCAUCAAAUUCAAAGCCCUCUCUACGCUGACACAAAAAAAAAUCGAUCUGAAAAACAUCCUGCGUGUCAUUUCCAAACGUCCUGCAGUACGCGGAAACCGCCACAAGAGAGCAGCGGUCGACAACAAGUUGACCACAGCUCGGCGAAAAACAGGAAAAUGGGGUAGAAGCGGUUUCCCUGACCAACGCUGAGAUUUCGUCAAAUUGCAUAAGGUUUGUGUACAAAUUUCCGAAAUAUAACUCUACAUCCUUUAAUUUGAACACUUGCUUUGUGCAAUUAAGCAAGGAAGAGUUUAUAUUUUUACACCGUGUUGCAGAGAGAUCGUGCUAAAACUGAUGAGACAUAUAAGCACCAUCCGGCGGUGGCAGGAAGUCAGCCAUCAAUGCAUUUGCUCCAUAGGGAAACUUACAAAGCACACCACGACGAUCGUU